AUUCGAUUUCAGACAGGACAGGACAGGAACAGAACAGGAGAGGGGUCGCACGACGGAAAAGUCUGUUUGUAGUUUUAACUGUUAAACGACAGCAAUCAAACUACCAAGAAGCUUAUCACUCUCUUUCUCAUUUCUAACCAGAAGAGAAGGAGAAAGCAGAAAAAGUCCCAUUUUUUCUUUAUCCAACAUGUUUCUCUCUGUUAUCUGAACAUUUGUGUGAGAGUGGAUAGAGUCAUGGGCUGUUGUGAAUCCAAGUUUUUUCCCAGUAAUGAAACACACCCAGAAAACGACAAGCCUCAAUAUCACGGCCCUAUCCAAUUCCAAACCGAGCCAUUCAUUAAUCGCCCACCCACCGUCGCUGCUGCCGCGCCUGACUCCACAACCAUCCCCUCCUUUUCCGAGUUCUCAUUAACUGACCUCAAAACCGCCACCAAUAAUUUCAGCUCUGAAUUAAUUGUGUCCGAAAGUGGGGAGAAGGCCCCCAAUGUAGUGUACAAAGGCCGACUCCAGAACUGCCACUGCAUCGCUGUCAAGAAGUUCUCUAGACUCGCCUGGCCUGACCCUAAGCUGUUUGCCGAGGAAGCAUGGGGAGUUGGGAGGUUGAGGCAUAAAAGGCUGGCUAAUUUAAUUGGGUAUUGCUGCGAUGGUGAUGAGAGGUUGCUUGUGGCUGAAUACAUGCCUAAUGAUACUCUUGCUAAGCAUUUAUUUCAUUGGGAAAGUCAGAUGAUCGAGUGGGCUAUGCGCCUUCGGGUGGCACUUUCCAUAGCUGAAGCCUUGGACUAUUGUACAAAUGAAGGCCGUCCAUUAUACCAUGACCUAAAUGCUUAUAGAGUUCUCUUUGAAGAGGGUGGUGAUCCACGACUUUCAUGUUUUGGCCUGAUGAAAAAUAGUUGCGAUGGGAAAAGUUAUAGCACAAAUCUUGCCUAUACUCCUCCCGAAUAUUUAAGAAAUGGAAGGGUCACCCCUGAAAGUGUCAUGUAUAGUUUUGGCACGGUCCUUUUGGACCUUCUAAGUGGAAAGCAUAUUCCUCCAAGUCAUGCACUUGACAUGAUACGGGGGAACAACAUCAUCCUUUUAAUGGAUUCACAUCUGGAGGGUAAGUUCUCCACAGAAGAAGCAACAGUUGUUGUUGGUCUUGCCUCACAAUGUUUGCAAUAUGAACCUCGGGAGAGGCCGAGUACAAAGGAUCUUGUUGCUACACUUGCUCCAUUACAAACCAAAACUGAGAUUCCAUCUUAUGUCAUGCUUGGAAUUUCUAAACAAGAGGAAGCCCCACCAGCCCCCCUGCGCCCUCUUUCACCAAUGGGGGAAGCAUGUUCUCGAAUGGAUCUCACAGCAAUCCAUCAGAUAUUGGUUAUGACACACUACCGAGAUGACGAAGGAACCAAUGAGUUAUCUUUCCAAGAGUGGACUCAACAAAUGAGAGAUAUGCUAGAUGCAAGGAAGCGCGGGGACUAUGCUUUUCGUGAUAAAGAGUUCAAGACGGCAAUAGAUUGUUAUUCUCAGUUUGUAGAUGUAGGGACCAUGGUCUCCCCAACUGUCUAUGCACGACGCAGUAUCUGUUAUCUCAUGUGUGAUCAACCUGAUGCGGCCCUUCGUGAUGCUAUGCAAGCACAAUGCGUUUAUCCAGAUUGGCCAAUGGCUUUCUACAUGCAGUCAGUUGCGCUUGCCAAACUGGACAUGCACCAAGAUGCUGCAGACAUGUUAAAUGAGGCUGCUGGACUUGAAGAGAAGAAGCAGAAAAGUUGGAAAGGAUCGUAAAGGUAUCCUGUUUCAGAUAAUAAAGUGAUUGUCCAGAAUUCAUCUCCCCUGAUUUGUAAAAAUGUUGAUAGAGAUAUAGCCAUCUUCUUGUUUGCAAAUGUAUCCAGUUAUUGGUAAGUUAAUGAUAGGUUCUUCUCCUUUUGGUCAAAUAUGAUCAGCUUUAACCCGUAGAUGAUGUAAGAGAGGAAAAGUGCUCAUUAGGCUGCACAGGUUUAGCUCUCCACCCCCCACAUCUCCACUCUAAGAUAAAUAGAUUUUGCCAUACAUAUGUAAUGUUGAAAACGUUUAAUGGCUAAUUGUUGCUUACUAACAUUCAGAAUAA